AAACUAAUUUGUUUAUCAGCGGCUACAUCCGGUCGGUCGCAGCUCCUCAGUGUGCUCUUCCCGCUACAAACGGCCUUUAUUCUGUCUGCAGACGGUUCUGUGGCAUUAGAUCAACUCUGCGGCACACACCGCUCGGGCCGUUAGGGACACUUUUACUUUGAAAGGUCUGUGUGGAAGAACCGGGUCGGGUUCUGGCGGGCCGUUAGCCGUUAGCCGUUAGCCGUUAGCCCGCUGCCCUGCGAUGACCACCGACAGAGUUCUUCUUCUCCUCCUCCUUUCUCUGUCUGGUUCUGGUUCUGGUUCUGGUUCUGAUUGUUGACUACAACCGGAGCCGCUCCGCUCAGCAUGAGUGAAAACACCGAGACCAACGCGGGAAACGAAGAGGACGCCGGUUCGGAGCCCAACGAGCACGACUACGCGCACAGCGCGGAGGACUCUCUCCCCGGUGCUCCGGCGGCGGACGGCGGACUCACCGCGCCGGAGAGUGCAGCGGCUGGACCCGAGCAGAGCGCACCGGGGCGGCCUACUUUAUCGGUGGAGCUUCCCGAACCGGCGGUGGGCGCGGAGGUGGACUGCCCCGGAGGACACGAUGUGGAAGCGGCCUCCUUCCCGCCACCGCAGACCGACGUUCACCCUCACGCAGGUCCCGCAGAUGUGCCGCAGGGCUGCCGCAGGCGCGGACCCCGGCGACCGGAGGACCGCAGCUGCUCCUGCUGCAGGUGCGAGUUCGAGCGCCAGGGCCGGAGCUUCAACCGGAGGGCGGUGUACACCUUCACCACCCCGGAGACCGUGCAGUGGGCCUUCCCGGACGCCGUAGUGCACGACAGGUCGUUCCUGUGUGAGACCUGUGCGCAGGUCAUCAGGAGCAAAGGGAAACGCAAACAGAGCGGGAAGCGGUCCCUGUGGCUGAAACCACCUGUGCUGAAAAAGUCAGAGGUGAGAGACAGGAAGAAGAAAGGUCGCAGGAUGGGGAAGAAGAGCAAAGCGGCGCUGCUGGUGAGCAAGUCCUGCUACAAGUCCGCUCUCAAAACGCUCUGGUCGGCCAAAGGCGCCCGGAAGCCUAUGAUGGACUUCUGGAGCAAACAACUGAAAGAGGAGAUGAAGGCGCUGACGCGGCAGACUGACAACCCCUUUCAUCAGAAGGUGUCCCACAAGAAACCGCUGUCGUCCUUCCCCUGGCGGCGCUGUCUGAACUGGGCUCAGGACAAAGCUCCCCUCGUCACCACCUGCCUCACCUCGCUGUUCCCAGACAUCAACACCCUCUCGAAGAGCAGCCACAGCCAGAUGACGGAGGAGCAGGCCCAGACGCUGCUGGAGCGCCGUACCGUGGUGGCGCUCUCCAUCCCGCUUUUCACCAGGAACAUCUGGAAGAACAACUUCCUGCAGGCCUCCCUCGGGGCAGAGCUCCGCCUGCAGGGCUGCUCUGGCUCUGCUCUCGACGCUCUCAACACUAUGGGACUGUGUCAGAACAAAGACACCGUCAGGUUACUGCUGCAACGGCUCCGAAAUGGCAAGAAGGCUCCAACACAGAACGGACGGAGGAUGAAGAUGAAACAAGAGCAGAUGAAAGGAGAGCAGAUGACAGACAUGGAAGAAGAGGAAGAAGAGGAGGAGGAGGAGGAGGAAGAAGAAGAAGAAGCAGAGGAGGAGGAAGAAGAAGAUGAGGAGGAGGAGGAAGAUGAGGAGGAAGAAGAUGAGGACGACGAGGAGGAGGAGGAAGAAGAGGAGGAAAUUCAGGUUGAGCUGGCAGAGGUUGUAGAGGAAGAAGUGCAGGACGGGGUGCAAGAGGAAGAAGAGGAGGAUCAAACAGUGGAGGAAAAGAAGAGGAGGAAGAAGAAGGCGAAGAAGCAGAGGAAGGAGGAGAAGAGGAAGGAGAGAGGGAAACGAAAGGUGAAGGAGAGACAGGGAGGAGGAGGAGGAGGAUGAUGAUGAUGAAGGGUCGCAGGAGAAGAAGAGGAGGGUGGUGGUGGUGAGGCUCGGCCUGUUGAAGGGACACUCAGAGGUCGGACGCUCCGACCUAUCGGCUCCCUGAGACUCUGUUGGCUCCGCCCAAUAACUCAACAGGCCCCCACCUCCAAUCAGAGAGCAGGACAGAGGUCCCGCCCUACUCAUCUGAGGGGGGGGUUUGAAAGGCAUUCUGGGAAUUGUAGGAGGUCAGUUACUGUGGAGGGAAACUUAUGAGAGCUUUACUAUACAUUUACGUUUUUGUGAUGUUUAAAAAAAAUAAUCAGUUUGAACCCAGAAAAGCCUCCGAAACACAAACUGAGACUAACAAUAAAACAGCCACAGCUGAUUAAUCACAUGAUUAUCUGCAUCGUUUUUACCUCUGAUGGUCGUGUGUCUCAGGUUAGCCGGUCUUUUGUUUCUGCUUCCAUAUACGAUGGUAGCGGCUUCCGAAAUACAUAUUUUGGUAACAUUCAGUUUUACAGGUUUCAUAGUUCCCUGGUUAUUUACCACAAAGGAACCGAUGAGUAAUUUCAUACCUGAGAAAAGCUUCUGGACAGAACUAUGUAAUUUGGUACUAACUGUAGGAGCGUGUGAGUUUUUAGGUCCACGUUGGGGAGAAAAAGACACAAUUUAACAUUAAAAAAAGUCAAUAAAAUGAGGAUGAAGCUCCAAUUGAAGGUGGAUAAAUGUUAAUGAUGGACUUUAAUUUUCUUCAUCUCUCCCUGUUACAGCAAUACAUUUUUUUUAGUUUCUAAACUCCACUUAAACUAUCUUAUUAAGAGGCUACUGGAUCAUCUCCUGGUUUCCUUUCUGGAAACCUUGCAUUGACUAUGAACUCUCAGAAUAUUUCCGUAUAGUUAGUACCAAAUUACCUGCAGUAGUAUUUAUUUUUUUACACAAGACUUUGACCUUUGGCCUUCAGAAGGAAAAAAACACAACUCAAUUUGGGGUAACGGCGCACAUAGGAACGUAAGUUACAGAUAAGGGACCAGCAUCAGGAAGUCUGUUCAGUUGUUGAUGUUUGUCCAGCUGCUGGAUGAGGGAAGUUUUCAGGAGGCUUUAUUUUCUAAUCCUGAUUAAGGCUUUGACAUUCUCCAUUAAAAGUGACUGCACUUGGUUCAUCUCACACAAAACUAAAGUUUAUGAACUCACAGGAACAGAAAGUGGUGGACUCACUGUGGAUGUUGAGGAUGUUUUUGUUUAUAAACUGUUUGUUUUAAACGGUUUCUGUGAGCCAAGAGGUCGAGAAAACCACCUGGAAUUUAUUGCUUGUUUUGUUUUUGUUUGUUUAUUGGCCGUAGGGAACCCAACAGAAUGCAAUCGUGGCUUCGGUAUGCCUGUUUGAAGCGUGCUAAGGCCUUUAUACUGUGUUCGCAUCAUCCAACAUGAAGCAUGAGCACUGAAGUCAAGUCAGAAAUCUAAGUUAAAUUUAGUUUUCUUAGAAUUCAGGCAACUCCAGGAUAAAGAAAACUACAGAACAGAAAAAUGUUUUUCCCCCUUUCCAAUGCUUUGUUUUAUUAUCCGUAACAGUUUCCUGGUAAUUUCAAGAACGGAUUAUGUAACUUGGUACUAAUUAUAUUGAAAACGGAGACACUGUUCAGUUGGUGCACUCGUGUAGCUCAGCAUUUUAGUCAAAGCACAAAAAAUAUGUAAAAUAUUUCUACAGAUGUAUGAAUAAUAUUCAUUUCUUUCCUGUAAUUAGAACCAGAUCACUUUGUUCUUUCCAGGAAAUUAUUAGGAAACUACGGACCCAUAAAAUAAAGUGUUUAAAUGAUCCUGUUCUCACUGAAUGAUUCCACCGUUGGUAAAAACUUGGCUGAACGUUUCCGAACCAGGAGGCGCUGUAAUAUAGUUUGAUUUGUAACGAGGGCUUUUUGUUUUCUUUUCUUUGAGUUUCUCAAAACGUCUUCAGAAACUGUUAUAAUUUUACUUGUUUAAGGACUGAAACAGAAACAGAUGUGUCUUCUGACUGUUGCUCUCAGAUCUGAUGUUCUGAUGCAGACCAUCAGAUCUGGAUCCUGUAAAGGUUUGCCAAUAAAAAAAGUUAAUGGCUUCA